AGUGAUGCUGGUCCUCUACAUGUGCCAGCUUGGCCUAAUUCUGAGGACCGAGGCCCAGAUACCAGAAAGUUGCACUGGACAUGACACAUACAGACCUCCGGAAAACUCAGACAUUACUGUGAUCUGUGGCACUAAGUAUAUGGACCUAAGCAUCUACCUUUGCCCGGUGUAUCAAGCUCUUUACAAUGAGUCUCGGAUGGUCCUCAAUAAUGAGUACAACAAAUCUGAGUGUUUUGGGACUGCUGACUGGACUGUUGACCCACCAGCAUUAAAAUUCAGAUUCUCCUUAAGAGAUGGCUCCUGCAACCAUCAAAUGAAGAUAAUCAAUCAAAUUGGUAGUGGAGAGUUUGCAGAUUUCGGCAAUGUCCAGUACGUCAACAUCUCUGGCACAAUUACCUCUGUAGACCCCUCUGCAGGUAGGAUCACCUAUCGCCCGCAGAUCCUGUACAAGUUCUUCUGCCUCUACCCGAUGCAGUAUCUCCUUAACAACACUGAAGUGGGCGUAUCAGGUGUGAGUCUCGCCAUAAGAGACAACAAUGGGACCUUCAUCAGCACACUGAGUAUGCAGCUCUACAAAGAUGAUCAGUACAAAGAGAUUCUUCUCAUACCAAAAAGAGGACUCAACCUGAAGACCAAGAUUUAUGUGGCAGUUAUUGCCACCAAUCUGACUGACAGGUUCAACGUUCUGCUCGACAGAUGCUAUGCAACAACAAGUCCAUAUCCUGUGCUUAACACCUAUUAUGACCUUUUUGUAGGGUGUAACCGUGACGCACAAACUAAGGUGGAGCUCAAUGGGGCGUCUCAGGCGGCACACUUCUCCUUUGAGGCCUUCAGAUUUGUGGAGCACAAAAAUAAGACAGUUUCCACUUUCUACCUGCACUGCAACACCAGACUCUGUGAGGUGUCCUCAUGUAGCAGCUUACUGCCUGACUGUGGCUCUUCCCCCCGACUGGGGAAGAGAAUGGCCCAGUACGUGUCCGACAGCGCUACGAUCACUUCGCCUGCCAUUCUUGUGGGCAACCUGAGCAGUGGUGUGACUGAUGGGCUGACUACCGCAGAUACUCUGUCACACAUUCAGACCGACAAAGAAUACAAGCGUCAAAGUAAGCAAAAGUGGAAAACAAACAAUAUUACCUUAAAGUGAUCAAAUUCACACUUCUGCCAUAGUUAGCUCUACUUAUCUACUCUUUGAAGCUCUUAAUUUU